AUGAAAUCGGCGCAAGCUGCAUCUGAGAUUAAGCCCACAUUACAGCAGGUAUAUAAAUUCAAUCGUAAAUUAAAAUCCAUGGAAAAAGCUACAGCAACCAGUUUAAAAAAGAAGCCGAACAAGCCUUGGUGGAUAUAUCCGUAUCCUGCUACGUGGAAAAAAUUCACGCAACGAUCAAAAAUGCCUCAGAAAAGACUUCAGCAAGAAGAAAAAUUUCUAAAUAAACAAAUUAUGUCGUUGACAGUCUCUCCUACAAAUAAUCAAAAUAAAAAUGUGAAUUUGUCUCCUGAUAUGGAAAUCAUCAAAAUUACAACAGUUGUCGAGGCCAUUCGACAGAAACGACAGAACAGCGCGCAAAUGCUGGAAGCAGCAAAAAAUAUUCAGAAAAUAAUUGGCAAGAAGCGUUCAAAACGUUCGUCUUACAAAUCGAGAAAUAAUUCGACUGUAACUAAAGAUUCGCGGCAUACUCAACGGGGAAAAACUUUUGUUUCAAGUAAAAAAUCUCGUUAUCCGAAACCCAAUCAUAGAAAACGACAAAUGAGGACUCCUCCAACGAGAAAACGACUGCAAAGUAAAAAUACGGUUGAUCUUAAAACAGCGAACAAUGUAGCGAUUCCAAGUACUGUAUUUUACAAACGUAUUUGGGAAUACAUUAACGGUACCCGUCCUCAUUCCGAUAUUAUCAGCGGUUACAAUUCCUUAGAGAAUAAUUCUGAAAAGAAUAAUUCAACCUGCACUGAUAAAGACCGAAUUACAGCCUCGCAGUCGCAGGAAGAUAAAUUACAAGCGACAAAUCCCAAUAUUAAACCGGAACGAGAUUUUUAUAAACGCAUCUGGGAUAUAAUUAAUGCGACUAAGGUGCAGAACGGAAACACAAAGGCUCGUUCUAAACGAAACGCGAGUAUCCCGAAAAAUGACGCAGCUUCAACUCCAUGCGUUCAAGAAGAAACAGUCAAUUACGAAGGAGAUAAGCAGGUGCAAACAACGAACAAAAAACCGUCACUUGGUACCAUCACGGAUACGAUAAAUUCACCAGAAAUAUCCGACUCUGGUCCUUAUAUAUCAGGCUUUUGGGCCGUUGCGAAUAAAACUCAAUGGCAACCUAAGAAAAUUCCAGUUGUAAACAUAGCAAAAUUAAGUAACGAUCCGAUCGUGCCUAUACUCGUAAAUAGCGCUUCCGAAGUGGACGACUUGAAUAAAUUCCCCGAUAAGGUUGAACACGUCACCCAUUCGUCUUCGGAUAAUUCGACGGAAUAUAGUAACGCUAACGAAACGCGUCAUUCAUCGCAGGAAGUCAUCACCGAGCCAGGACCGCCGUAUUCAUCUGAAGAAGAUUUCGCUAUCUCGUCACUCUCGCCGACCAAGAGUGCCGUCGACAAAGACUCGCAAGAAAAGGAUCAAGCGAAACACGCAGAAAAUUAUUCGACAGGCACGACUCCGAAAUAUGAUCCUUCAAACAUACCCUAUGUAGAGGUACCAGAUUAUUCCGACCAAAAGGAAGACAGCUUAGACAAAAGUAAUCAGAGCGCAACUGCAGCGAGAUACAAAGAAUACGACGAUAGCGAUUACAAUUAUAGCCCUAAACAGCUCCACGGCGCUGAUGAUUUCUCUUCAAAGUCUCCAAGUGCUGAGAUUAAAGUGGCACAUGCUGAAAGUAACGAGCCGGACACCUCAUUGAACGCAAACAACUCGCAUUCAAGUUGCACAGAAAAUAAAGAUUCUGCCGAAUGCGUCGACAAUUACAAUGUCGAAGAUACCAAGUUGCGCAAUAAUACCAAGAAUGUUACGAACGACGAUAUUCACCGUUCCGCAGAAGAUUCCGCAGAAUCCGCGUUGUCCGAGGAGAAUGAAAACUCGGAUUUCGUUGACUUUGACAUAAAUGAAUAUAAAAAACCAAUUAAUUGGAGCGAGUUCUUUAAAAACGACCCUAUAUUGGAAAGCAUACGAGCUACUUCUAGCAAGAAAUACGACCAUAAGGAAAAUCCCGAUCGCCCCGAGGAGUCCGAAGAGACCGAGACCUACGCCACAGAUCCAAAAGAAAAAUCGCACAAUUAUUUCGCGAAGAACGAAGAUUCCCACGAUGAUCACGAAAUCGCUUUGGACAACAGAAACAAGACGAAAGAGGAGACUGACUUUUACGCGAAGAAGGAAGCGAAAGAGAGCGAGACAAUCGAUAAAGAUCACUAUCCUUAUGACGAUAAAGAUUUCUUUAAGCAUAUUUUUGGAAAGAGCAAUGAUAAAGAAUCGGAAUAUAAUCAUAAAGAAGAUCGCACCGAGGAGUCCGAAGAGGUCGAAACGUACACGGAUUCAAAAGAACAUAAGGAAAAUCCCGAUCGCACUAAGGAAUCUGAAGAAGAGACGUAUGCCACGGAUCCAAAAGAACAAUUGCAAGAUUACAUCGUCAAGAAUAAAGAUUACCACGAUAAUCAUAGAAUCGCUUCCGACGAUAGAGCUGAGACGAACGACAGAGAAGAGGACGCUAAUUUUAAUGCGAAGGGAGAAACGAAAGAGAGCGAAGAAAUCGAUAAAGAUUAUCCUUACGACGACAAAGACUUCUUUAAGCAUAUUUUCGAAAAGAACAACGAUGAAGAAUCGUCCGAAACCGUCGACACGGAAAACGAAUUCUUGUCUCAUCAUUUUACGGAGGAUGUUUUGCGCCAGUUGCGAGAUAAUUCGACGGCCGAAGAAGAUAGACAAAAAGAAGAAUCGAGAAACAGAGAAGAUGUUCGUAAAACGUUGUCGAGUAUCUUAGACAAGACGGAUCGUUUUUCCAGAUUAGACGAUAAUCUCAACAAAAUGAUUGAGAAAGGUGAAGCAGUACCAAUUAAAUAUAAUAAUUUUUGGAGUUUGGAAUACGAAUCGCCUCGUAAAAAAAAUGAGGACAACGAAGAAGAGACAGAAGACUCGCAAGAAGAAGCUUAA